GAAUUUUCAAUGUUUUUCUUUGUCUUUUGCAGUGAGUUUGGAGCGUGUUGAAACCCUCGAGCGCAUCGCAACCUUUCUCCUCGGUGCUUCUGCACGUUAUACGCAGCAAAAAUGGACUCUCUGCUUCAAGACCUAUCCUGCCUGACCGGAAUAAUCCUAGCCAUCGUCAUCCUAUCAAUCUUUGGAUUGUUCAAAUCGACAUCAUCCAGCAAGCUCAGAACACCACCGGAAGCCGCAGGGGCAUGGCCCGUCAUAGGCCACUUGCCCAUCCUAGCCAAAUCUGAGCUUCCCCACAAGACCUUGGCGUCCAUGGCCGACCAGUACGGACCCAUCUUCACCAUCCGGCUCGGUGUGUUCCCAGCCCUGGUGGUGAGCGGUUCCGAGAUGGCCAAGGAGUGUUUCACCAAGAACGACAUCGCGUUGUCCACUCGGCCACGGCAAUUGGCCCAGAAGAUCCUGGGCUACUCCUUCGCCAUGUUCCCGUUCGCGCCUUACGGCCUGUACUGGCGCGAGGUGAGGAAGAUGGUCACCUUGGAGCUGCUCUCGAGCCGGAGGGUCAACUCGCAGCUCAACCCUGUCCAGGCCGCAGAAGCGGACGUGGCCAUUCAAGAGCUGCACGAGCUUUGGAUUGAGAACAAGGAUGAUUCAGGCCAUGUCACAGUCGACUUGAAGCAGUGGUUCGCAAAGUUGACUCUGAACGUGAUCCUCAGAAUCGUGGCCGGAAAGUGCUACAGUGCAGCGGACGAGGAAGAGGAACAGCGGUGCCAAAAGGCGUUGCGUGAGUUCUUCCGCCUAUUGGGGACGUUUAUAGCGGCGGACGCUCUUCCUUUCCUCAAGUGGCUGGACCUAGGUGGACAUGAGAAGGCCAUGAAGAGGACUGCAGAAGAACUAGACAAAAUUGUAGGUGGUUGGUUAGAGGAACACAAGAGCAAUAGUAAGGAUUUGAGAGAGACGAAUGGUGGUAGAGAUUUCAUGGACGUCAUGCUUUCGGUCUUUAACGAUGACGAAAUCGGAGGUUAUGAUGCUGACACGGUUAUAAAAGCUACAUGCUUGGCGAUGAUUGCAGGAGGCAGUGAUUCCUCUAUGGUAACCCUGACAUGGGCAAUCUCCCUGUUGCUGAACAACCUUCCCCUCCUGAAGAAAGCUCAAGAAGAGCUUGACGCUCAGAUCGGCAAGCAGAGGCAUGUGAAACAAGCGGACAUCGCCAGCCUAACCUACCUCCAAGCCGUAGUGAAGGAGACUCUCCGUUUACACCCGGCGGCCCCACUCUCGGCGCCGCGCCUCUUCACCGAGGGUUGCACUGUCGGCGAGUACCACGUGCCCAAGGGCACGCGGCUGAUCUUGAACAUCUGGAAAAUCCAGACCGACCCUAGGGAAUGGCCUGAUCCAUUGGAGUUUAGGCCCGAGAGGUUCUUGAGCAGCCAUAAGGAUGUCGAUGUGAAGGACUCCAACUUCGCACUCCUGCCAUUCGGAUGCGGCAGACGAAUCUGUCCCGGGAUGAACUUCGGGCUCGAGAUGGUGCAUUUCCUUUUGGCUCGGUUCCUACAUGCGUUCGAGAUAUCGACCGUGGACGAUUCGCCGGUGGACAUGUCUGAGAUAUUCGGGCUGACGAACUUGAAGGCGACCCCACUUGAGGUUGUGCUCAGACCGAGAUUAACUCAGGAGCUCUAUCGAUGGAGGUGAUGGAGAGUCUAUAUGCGGAAAGGAAAGCUCUCCGAAAUGUACAAUUAAAGGACCGCGUUGUGCACUCUCUCCACGUCUGGCUCUUAAAAGACAUCACUUGCAUGAA